UGAGUGUAAUUAAACUCGUACAAGCCUAACUUCAUUACCCAAACCGAGCCUAGCCUAAACUUAAAAAUUGUUAUUUGGAGUCCAAGAUUGGGUUUUAACUUUUUAUCGAUAAGGUUGAACCUUGAAGUGGGAUCAAUUGGAGGGGCAUUUGAUCGAAGCUGCAAAGAACGGAAACGAUGGCGACGACGCCAAUGCCCCCGCCCAACCCCGCUGCCGGAAACCCCAACUUCGACGGUAAUCAGCUGGCGGCUCCCCCGCCGCCGGGGACGGACAUGACCGGAAUAUGCUUCAGGGAUCAACUUUGGCUGAACACUUAUCCUCUGGACCGAAACCUAGUCUUCGAUUACUUUGCUCUCUCUCCUUUCUAUGACUGGACCUGCAAUAACGAACAGCUCCGCAUGCGCUCCGUUCACCCUCUCGACAUCUCCCAGCUCUCGAAAAUGACAGGCACUGAAUACAUGCUGAGUGAAGUUAUGGAGCCCCACCUCUUUGUCUUCCGUAAGCAAAAGAGGGAUGGUCCUGAAAAAGUCACACCAAUGCUAACUUAUUAUGUCUUGGAUGGUUCAAUAUACCAAGCACCUCAGCUUGGCAAUGUCUUUGCUUCUCGAGUUGGACGGGCUUUAUAUCAUAUAUCAAAGGCUUUUACCUUUGCAUCCUCAAAGUUGGAGAAGAUUGGAUAUGAUGCUGAAAACGAGAGUGCAGCUUUUGAAUCAAAGGUUGUUAAAGAGACGAUUAACUUUAAGGACGUUAAGCGAAUAGAUCACAUCCUUGCAUCAUUACAACGCAAGCUACCACCAGCGCCUCCCCCACCGCCUUUUCCCGAAGGCUAUGCUCCCCCUUCAGCUGCAGAAGGAGAGAAAGGUCCGGAAGCCCCGCAAGGAGGAGCAGAUUCCCAACCUCCUCCAGUUGAUCCAAUCAUUGACCAAGGGCCAUCCAAGAGAAUGAAAAUCUGAGUCCAUCUGUUUCUCCUUCCAAGAAUUCAAGACAAUGUAGAAAGCCAUAACUUCUCCCAAGAUAGAGAUUCAUUCACAGAAGAAAGAAGCCCUUGUGGAAAAUUUGAACUAAUCUCUCACCUUUUCAGAGUCUUGUCGUUUGUCUUUGUAAUCUCAGUUGUGAUAGAAUGUAAUCUAUUUACUUAGUUUAACUGGUAUGACUACUGUUUGAGAAUGAAAAAGCUACUUUGAUCGUGUUGACACAUUUACUUGAGCUUAAUCAAGGGCAAAUACGUCAACCUAAUAUCUUGCAACAUGAGCAUGAUUAUAUCA